AUGCAUCUUAUGGCAUUCGUGACUUUGGUGUUUUGUGGUAUAAUUAUGUCCGAGUUGUGUGAGCGAUCUCCACCACACGCGCAGCCGGCUGACUCCCACUACAAGUUGGCAGUCGCUGGUGACCCAGACUUAUUUCUUCCUGGAGAACUAUAUUCAGUAUCGCUUCACGGUGUAGACAGCGGACAAGGCCCGGCCCCUUUCACAGGCUUCAUCAUUUGGGCGGAAUUAGAUCAUAAUUUAAAUAGUAGUUCUAAUGCUACCAAUGUUACUGUGAGUGGUUCACCAGGGACCUUCCAGGCGUAUGAUGCCCAGACUAAGCCUCACGAACUGUGCAAGCCGGCUGUGGAUAACGCUACCGCUCAUCCAAAGACAGAAAUUCAGGUGAUAUGGAACGCCCCGUCGAGUACACCUGAGAGCUGUGUACGUUUGUGCGCGCGCGCAUUUCAUCUUGAUUCCACUACGGUAUCAAUUCUAGCACGUAAAUUGUGUCCUGCGCCUGCAGUUCCUACUGCGCCUGAUCGACAACCGCCUAUUGUAGAGCCUUGUUGCGCUUGCGAUGAGGCUAAAUAUGAGGUAACAUUCGAGGGUCUGUGGUCUCGGAACACUCACCCUAGAGAAUUCCCUCCGGAAUCAGCGCGGGCGCAUUUCAGCGACGUUAUAGGUGCGUCGCAUACGGCCCAAUUUAGAGUUUGGCAAGAGGGAAGAGUGGCUACAGCUGGAUUAAGAAAGUUAGCUGAUGAUGGUACAACCACUACCCUUGAAAAGGAAUUGAAAUCUGAGAGCGAUCAUAUACGGACGAUCAUCAAGGCCCGCGGCAUUUCCUGGCAACAAGUGGCCGGCUCUGGUAUUCCCACCACCUUUGCAGUAUUCAGGGUGGAUGCCAAACAUCAUCUAGUGUCUUUGGCCUCGAAACUGGCGCCAUCUCCGGAUUGGAUUCUUGGUAUUUCGGCAUUGGAGCUAUGCAACUUGAACUGUACUUGGAGAAGAUCGGCUGUCUUACCACUUUAUCCUUAUGACACUGGAACUGAUAGUGGUAUAAGUUACAUGUCCCGUCGCAACCCGACGGUACCGCCAGCUCCAGUUCGCGCUCUGAGACCCGAGUGGCCUAAAGAUUCCCGCUCGCCAUUUUUCGCCUCCACGGGAGAAAUGAGGCCUUUUGCUCGCCUCAGGCUUAAUCGACUGCGCUUGUACGAAAAGAGCUGCGAAUCUUCAGAUCCUGGCAACCAGCAAACCAUUGAUGCAUCAAUACGUACCGGUGGCGGGUCAUGUGCGACUCUGUCUUGGGGCUCUUGGGGUCCGUGUAGCGUGACAUGUGGCGAGGGGCGUGCUGCUCGGCAGAGGGACUACAUGUGGCCCGCUCGGGCCAAGGCAGACGCCUGUAGAACCCCUCUCACCGAUUACCAACCUUGUCGUGGACCUAGGAUACAUUGCCGAGUUCAGUCAGAAUACGAGCCAGAUCCAGCUGAAUUUAGCGGACCGUGUGCAGUGUCGUCUUGGUCCGAAUGGUCCCCCUGUGAAGGGUGUGGGGUUCGAGCCAGGACCAGGCACUAUUUAGUCCCGCGUGCCUUCAAACGCUGCCAUGUUGGUUUCAAGGCACGAACGGUCCUCAGCCAGGCCAUGCCUUGUGAAGCUGGACCAUGUUUUAAAGCACCCAGCGCUUUUGCAAAUUCCACAAACUUCGAUUGGUUUUACAUUGACAAUCCCCGCGGCGAAUGCGCAGUGACAAGUUGGGGUUCAUGGUCCCCGUGUUCCGCAAAAUGCGGCCGCGGUCGACGUAUUCGUACUCGUCUUUAUAUCUCGAAGGACCCGCGCGUACAAGUCCUGCUCACGAAGAGACUGCUCGCCGAUUGGAAUAAGCUGUUUGCUGAUUUUCAGAAUUUGACAGUACCAUCGGAAAAUGUGACAAGUGAAAAUCCGAACGUAGACCUUUUGGUACAAGAGCACUUGGAUCGCUGUCAGGACACUUUGACUCAGCAGGAGGCACUUUGUGAUGGAGAAGACACUUCAUGCGACACUGAAGUUCCUCAGGAGGUAUGCACACUGCCUAUGUCUGUGGGUCCAUGCCGUUUGUACGAAGAGAGAUGGUUCUACGAUAACUCUACUGGAGUUUGCGAGCCGUUUGGAUUUACAGGGUGUGGUGGGAAUGCAAACAACUUUCGAGACAAGCAGACUUGUGAUCGAGCGUGUGCUGGAAAAAAUAUAUCCGCUGUUUUUCCAGUCGCAGAGGCGAGCACCAAAAAGCUAAAAGCUACUCCUCCCGCUAUUGACAACGAAGUCUUGCCAAACGAUUCACCGCGAGUUGAUGUGAGUUGCGAGAUGGAACCGUGGCUCGGCUGGUCCGAGUGCUUCGGGGACUGUGAAUAUGCUAUUAAACUCAACUAUAGACUUGUACGACGUUUCGCAUCUGGCUUCGGAAAGCCGUGCCAGAAAGUAGUAAAGAGUCGUAUUUGUAGACCGAGGCAUUGUAGAGCCUCGAAUAGCACGUUGACCGACACCUACGGUGAAGACGAAUAG